AUGGCUCGCUACCACUGUGCGCUGCUUCUGCUGGUGGCGGCAAACGCUUUCGAAGUCUGUCCAUACGCCGUGGACUAUGCUGUGCGGACCGGACAGAUAACGCAUCUGCCGGAUUGUGCUAGCGCCUGCCCCGGGAUGUGCCGCCUGGUGGACCAAGCUGUCCGCAUCCCGCGCGAUGAGGACCAGAUGGAGCGACUGGAUGAGCUCCAAUGCCAGCACCACCAGGUCUUCACCUGCGCCUGGAGAGAGUCGAAGUGUGAGAGCUUCAUGUUUCAACUGGAGUUCUGCCCACGGCACUUGCCGCAGCCAAUUUCAGGGGCAGGUGUGGGAUACCCGAACUGGAGCUACGCUCUGGGCCGGGAGGAGCCAGGCCCAAUCAUGACACUGCUGCUGGCACUGCUGGACCUAGUGCUUCGUCUCUUUUCCCCGCCAAAGUCGGAGAUCAUCCAGGUUCAUGUGCACGAUGUUCAGCAAGCGAACAUCUUGAUUAUGUGA